UUAUUACAUAUAUUACAGCGUAUAAUUCAGGAAAUGAUGAAAUGUAUUAACGAGGCGAAGCAGUACGAAAGAGAUAUUUUCGAUGCGUAUAUUGCUAAAUACAACAUUUUUUACGGCAGUUAUGUAGUCAUUCUAUAUAUAGCUGCAUUUUGUUUUAUGCUUGGAACUUUAUUCCUAUCGUCUACACUUCCAUUGAGUAUAGAAUAUCCGUUUCCAAUUGAUUAUACGGCAGUAAGCGUUGUCAUCAAUCUACAUUACAUUAUCCUUUUUAUCACAUGCACUGCACAUGUAUGCAUGUGCGUAUUUGGUGCGCUUUUACUGUGGUUCACAGCCGCAAGAUUCGAAUGUUUGGCCGUGGAAUUCGAGGCGACUACAAAUAUUUCUAUGUUGAUCUAUUGUAUUAAAAAACAAUUAUGUUUAAGGAGAUACGCAGAAGAGGUGAUCGGCUGUUUCCGCUUUAUGGUAUUUUAUUUUAUAUCAUUAGCAACAUUUUUCGUGACAGGAUUGGGAAUUAUAUUGGUUAUAGAUACUCCAACAAUUACGAGGAUGGAGUUCGUGAGUCACAGUUCAUUCUCUCUCAUGCAUGUUUACAUGUAUGCAUGGCCAGCUGAUUUAGUACAGGAUAUAAGCGAAAACGCUUCAAGAAGCGCAUAUGAUAUGAAAUGGUAUGAACAGUCUUUAGAAAUGCGGAAGUAUAUACUGAACGUAUUGGUUUAUCAGAAGCCAGUAACACUUAGUGUCGGUUGUUUAAUGCCAGAGCUUACCUUGCGUUUUUUUUGUUCGUUUAUGUCCAACGCCCUGUCCUUCUGUACCGGUUUGCGUGCUAUGGUACAAGACGAGCCAGAAUAAAUGUGUCCUAAAUAGCUAAUAGUCGAGAUUAGAAAUCACAAAAUGAUAAUUGUGUGGAGAUAGAUAACUGUGAAUAUAUGUGCCCUAAAUGGCUAAUAGUCGAGAUUAGAAGUCACAAAAUGAUAGUUACGUAGAGUUCCAUAACUAGUUGUAUCGAUGAGAAUAUUUAUACCUCUAAAGUGGAAUCUUUUUAAAACAUAUAUGAAUUAGAUAAAAACAUUGCUAGAGAGUAAAUCUGGGUAUCGUACGAAUUGUUCUGUUUAUAGUUUCUUUACGUUUGAUUACUGUUCUUUUUUUUUUUUGUAUCAGUUAUAAUUAAUAUACAGGAGAAUGCUGGUAAAUACACUUAUUCCGUAUCCAUCCCCUACAACGAUAAUAUCGAGAUAAAUGUAGGCUCGUAUUGACAGAUUUCCUGGAUGUUUAAAGUAACGCUUCGUUUUUCGUUCGAAUAGCUUUUCGUAUUGCGAAUAACAGCCAUUGUCAGAGAAACUGAAUAUGUAGCCUAUUGCACAUAUGCAAUUUUAGUUUUUCAAAGAACUUUUAGUUUUGCUAUAUGAAUAUUGACCUCGGUUCAUAAUAAUUUCCUAUUGUAUCUGUUAAAUGUUGCACGCUUCAGUUAUGUAAUGCGACCAAUGAUUAUGAUCGUGGGUAUACCACGAUUUUUGGAGAUGUAUAUUUUUGCUGUGAUUAAGAAUUAAAUCACGAAUAAAGGUAUGUAUGAUAUUUUAUAUUCUACCUUUUAUAUUCUACGGGUUUUCCUACUAAUAUCAAGUUCCUACUAAUUAUCGAGGCUUGGGUAUUAUUUAAAUAAAAUAUUUGAGAAAUGAUUAUUUAAAUGACAUACCAUCUUCUCUCUGUCUCUAUAUUAUUUUUUAAUAACGUUUCCUUAGUUUAUUUGACUAACUAAAUGUUUCAAAUUGAUCAAAAAGUGAGUUAUUAAAUUCGUGUCUUUAAUUUGUAUUUUAAGUAUUUUUUCAAGCUUAUUCAUUCGUUUUUACUAUUUGAUAUCAAAAGAUGUAUAUUUCGACAACGGAUUGUAGCGUGUAGUGGACGAAGUACUAAUGUGCAUUAAGUUUAUUUACAGCGUUUUUACUUUGGUUUAUCGCCGCGAGAUUUGAAUGUUUCGCCGUGGAAUUCCAGAAAUGUUCUAAUAUACAUAGAUAUCGUGUGCGUGUGAAAAAGCAAAU